GAAUGAGAUUUGAACCGGAAGCCCCAAAUCAAAUCCAGCCCUAAUUUUGUAUUUGACUCCGACAUCCUCGCUCUAGAGCCGAGACACCCUUUGUUGAGAAGGUUUCCUAGAGAGAGAGAGAGAGAUAGAGCUACGGAGAGAUAGCCAUGGAUGCUUUUAGAAAGCAACUGGACCAGCUAAUGGGGGCGAAUCGAAAUGGCGACGUGCAGGAAGUUAGCCGCAAGUACUACGACCGCGAUGUGUGCCGCAUGUUCUUAGUUGGCCUUUGUCCCCAUGAGCUCUUCCAACUCACGAAAAUGGAUAUGGGUCCAUGUCCGAAAAUCCACUCCUUGCAGCUUAGGAAAGAAUACGAAGAAGCAAAGACUAAAGGAGUUCAUAGCUAUGACCGAGACUUGGAAGAUGUUAUAGAUCGUCUCAUUAUUGAGUGUGAUAGGAAAAUUGCUAGAGCCUUGAAGCGACUUGAGGAAGAAGAUGCAAAGGCUGCUAUUGCAAUUUCUGUCACUGAAGUCACCCAGAUACCUGAGGUACUUGAGUUAUCAAAGCAAAUUAAAGAGAAGUUGAAAGAAGCCGACCAAUAUGAUCUUGAGGGCAAAACAGAUCUUAAAAUUCGAGUUUUGGAGGUUAUAGAUGAAUUGAGGACUAAAAGAGCUGACAAACAGUCCAUGCUUCUUUUAGACGCUUUCAACAAAGAUAGGGCGUCUUUACCUCAACCUCUGCCAAACCCACCACCUAUGGCUCCUCUACCUGUUGUAGCUCCUGAUCCUCAUACACAGGAGAUGAUAAAUGAGAAGUUGAAAAAGGCUGAGGAACUUGGUGAGCAAGGAAUGAUUGACGAGGCUCAAAAAGCACUAGAGGAAGCUGAAGCACUUAAGAAGUUGCCUGCUAGGCAGGAGCCAGUAGUGGAUUCAUCCAAAUAUACAGCUGCUGAUGUGCGAAUUACGGAUCAAAAGCUGCGUGUGUGUGACAUCUGCGGGGCUUUUCUAAGUGUUUAUGACAGUGAUCGUCGUUUAGCAGAUCAUUUUGGAGGAAAACUUCAUCUCGGCUACAUACAAAUACGUGAAAAGUUAGCAGAGCUUCAGGAAGAAAGAAACAAAAGCCACAAGGUUGAUCGACAUGAUGAUCAGCGAUCAAAGGAGUGUAGUAGAGAACCUAGUAGAGACCAUGACCGUGGUGAUAGUCGUGACCGUGGAAGGUAUAAUAACCGUAGGAGCAGGGAUCGUGAUAGGCAUAAUGAUCGGGAUCGUUAUGACCGGGAACGCAUUAGAGACUCAGAUUGCUCUUAUGAUUCUAGAAAUCGUCACCGUUCACGCUCACGGUCAACAGACCAUGAACGUUCAAGGGACUAUGAUCGUCACAAGCGCCGUGACCGGUACUAAACAGUUUUUACUGUGGAUCCAUAUGGAAGUGAAAGUACAGGUUCAUGUUCUGUGUUUCUUCCUCUAUUUUGAUUGCAGUUGGCUGUAUCUUCUCUACUGAUUUUAUAUUUACCGCCAGGAGCUUAUUUUGACAAUAGAUUUGAGAGGGGUAUGGUUGUGCUGAUUACUGGAAUUUUAUAUGUAGCUGUUAGUGGGGAGUAGUUUCCUUGAGGUCUUCUUUUAACACAUGGGCUUAAAUUAUGGGAUACAUCAAUUCUUCAUAUGCUCAUUGGGGAGACUUCAUCACUGUAUGUAAGUUGGCAACAUUUGACCUAUAACUAUUGACGGACCACCGUUUCAUGUAUUUAGAACCAAAAUUCAUAUGCACAGGCCUGAUGAAUGAUUUGUUUCUUUUAA